CGUGGCCACGUCGGCGGCGGGAAGUGGGCGUGGCCACGUCGGCGGCGGGAAGUGGGCGUGGCCUCGGCGGCGGGAAGUGGGCGUGGCCCGCGCUGCGCGCGCUGCUGGCGGGAGUUUGGCGGGGGGGGGGGGAGCGGCCGCGAUGCUCUUCUACUCCUUCUUCAAGUCCCUGGUGGGGAAGGACGUGGUGGUGGAGCUCAAGAACGACCUCAGCAUCUGCGGGACCCUGCACUCAGUGGAUCAGUACCUCAACAUUAAGCUGACGGACAUCAGCGUCACCGACCCCGAGAAGUACCCGCACAUGCUGUCGGUGAAGAACUGCUUCAUCCGGGGCUCGGUGGUUCGCUACGUGCAGCUCCCGGCGGACGAGGUGGACACGCAGCUGCUGCAGGACGCGGCCCGCAAGGAGGCGCUGCAGCAGAAGCAGUGACCGACACGGCCCAAAACAGCCUGAAACAGCCCAAACCGGACCCAGAAACAGAACAGCCUGAAACAGCCCAAAACAGCGCAGAACGGCCCCAAACCAGCCCCAAAUGGCCCCAAAACAGCCUGAAACAGCCCAAACCGGAACCAAAACAGCCUGAAACAGCCCAAACCGGACCCAAAACAGCCUGAAACAGCCCAAAACAGCGCGGAACGGCCCCAAAACAGCCCAUAAACGGCCCUAAAACCCCUUAAACCGGCCGGAAACACCCCCAAAACAGCCCAAACCACCCCAAAACAGCGCGAAAUGGCCCCGAAACAGCCCCAAAUGGCCCCAAAACAG